GCUUUGCUUACAGACUUGGCUUUUUUUUCCUUGCCUGCCGGGGAAGGGGACCCGGGACCCGGGGAAUGCCGCGACCGACGAGUGCCGAUGCGGCCUGGGGGCGGCGGUUCUCCUGCACACACACACACACACACACACACACACAGACGCGCGCGCGCGCACUCGCCGCACAGACAAAGAAAAGCUGGGGAAAAGUACCGAGGCGAAAAGGGGCACGGUGAGGGAUGCGGAAUCGGGUUGUGGCGGUAGUCACGAUGUCGCCGGCGCCAUGGUGCCGUGUCGCUAGUCUACAAAUACAGAGAUCCUCUUCCGAGGAUGGCGAGGAGGGGGCCGGGUUUGGGGCGGGCGAUCUUCCCAUUCAGUGUUGCUGCUGCAAGAGCUCAACGCUCACUUGUCUCUCUCUCUCUCUGCUGCUGCUCGAUUGACGCACGCAGGGUCUGCGGUGCAACGGUUUCACCCCAUGCGGUACCACCGGGGCAAAUGUGCCGGGCCAGGUACCCAUGGACCAUGGGCCAGGAGCUGGCGGUCUGUUUGUCAAGCUCUGCUGGUCAGCAGUUUGAAGGGCCCCUGGGGGCCCUCUCUUCACGGCGGACGGCGCGGAAAGGGUGCUGUCACUUCCCACCAGUUCCCUUGCCGUCGCGAGGCCUAUCACGGACUAGCCGGGUCUCAAUGAGAGGGAGAUCUCCAGACCCCGCAUUGGCUGGGCCGCAGGGUGGUUGCGUGGCCGUGUGGAUGUCUUCUUGUACUGCACUGUGUGUAGCGUGUGGUUCAUUGUGUUCUCCCGCUUCAUUAGGUAACCGGGCGUCCCUCCCAGGUGUCCUCUCCCGAGAUGCAAAGAGAGGCCAGUCCCGAGUGUGGGAUUGAGAAUGGCAACCGUUCAAGGUCCCGGUGCCCGGGAUAUCGCAAGGGUUUGGGCUGCAGGCGCGCCAUCCUCAACACACCCCCACUGCAUUCUUGGCAAGCAGUGAUUGGGGACGCUGGGAAUCGUCAUUUGGUGGGAAGCAAAAUCCGAGAUUUGUUGCUGUGAUACAAUAAGGGUCGCAAGCAGGGGGCCUGGCCGAUUUGGGGCUGGAC